GGCGUGCAAGGGACAAAGCAGUCGAAACGUUACACACUGAGCUCACUCCUCUGAUCACCCAUAACAACUAGCUAACAGCGGGCUUGUCUGAGCCUAAACACGGAGCCUCCUGCACUGCAGUGACUGGGAGCUUUGGGCUGAAGGGGGCGAGGGAACAGUCUUGUGUGCGCGCGCGCGCCUCGGUUUGGCGGGCACAUCAUCAACCCGACCCGACCGAGAGGCAGCAGACCUCCCACAUCCUCCCCAUCCCCACGCCACUGCGAUCGGCGCUCACGGACCGCAUCAUGUGCGGGGCUCAGUAAAGCCAGUACCUUUUUUUUUUCUUCUUCUCUGCAACGUGUUGGUCUCACAGUAAACCGCUGCUUUUCGAGUCAGUUUGUCAAGGAUAAUGAUGAGGCGUGACCGGGACAGAGACCGUGAUGAGCGGUCCAGGGACAGGGACCGGGACCGAGCCCAAGACCGAGCCCAAGACCGAGCCCAAGACCGUGGCUGGGACAGAGAUGUGAAGCCAUCCGGGGUCUCCAACAACCUAGCCGCAGGCGUCGGUGGCUUCCUUAAGCAAAGCCCCAUUCAGCAGCAGAUCAACCCCUUUACCAACCUGCCACACACGCCACGCUACUAUGAGAUCCUGAAGAAACGUCUGCAGCUGCCUGUCUUUGAAUACAGAGAGCGCUUCACUGAGAUCCUGAUGCGUAACCAGUCUUUUGUGCUGGUGGGAGAGACAGGCUCUGGAAAAACCACACAGAUCCCUCAGUGGUGCGUGGACAUGGUGCGGUCAAUGCCAGGAACAAAGAGGGCUGUGGCUUGCACCCAGCCCAGGAGGGUAGCGGCCAUGAGCGUCGCCCAGAGGGUUGCUGAUGAGAUGGACGUCAUGCUGGGCCAAGAGGUGGGCUACUCCAUCAGGUUCGAGGACUGCAGCUCUGCCAAGACUGUGCUCAAGUACAUGACGGAUGGAAUGUUGCUGCGGGAGGCCAUGAAUGAUCCUCUGCUGGAGCGCUAUGGUGUCAUCAUCCUAGACGAGGCACACGAACGCACAUUAGCGACAGAUAUCCUCAUGGGAGUCCUCAAGGAGGUGGUCCGCCAGAGGGCUGACCUCAAGGUGAUCGUGAUGAGUGCCACGCUCGAUGCCGGCAAGUUCCAGGUGUACUUUGACAGCUGCCCGCUGCUCACCAUCCCCGGACGCACGCAUCCCGUGGAGAUUUUCUACACACCCGAACCAGAGCGGGACUACCUGGAGGCGGCCAUCCGAACGGUGAUCCAGCUCCACAUGUGUGAGGUGGAUGAAGGCGACGUUCUGCUCUUCCUCACUGGACAAGAGGAAAUUGAUGAAGCCUGCAAGCGGAUCAAGAGGGAGGUCGACGACCUGGGCCCCGAAGUCGGUGAUAUCAAGAUCAUCCCGCUGUACUCCACGUUGCCUCCACAGCAGCAGCAGAGGAUCUUUGAGCCACCCCCACCCAAUAAACCAAGCGGUGCCAUCGGAAGGAAGGUUGUCGUGUCAACAAACAUCGCCGAGACGUCGCUGACCAUUGACGGCGUGGUGUUUGUAAUCGAUCCCGGAUUUGCCAAGCAAAAGGUAUAUAAUCCGCGUAUCAGAGUGGAAUCCCUUUUGGUCACAGCCAUCAGCAAGGCCUCGGCCCAGCAGAGGGCCGGUCGUGCUGGGAGGACACGCCCAGGAAAGUGUUUCCGCCUUUACACAGAGAAAGCUUACAAGACAGAAAUGCAGGACAACACGUAUCCAGAGAUUCUGAGGUCUAAUCUGGGCUCUGUGGUGCUGCAGCUGAAGAAAUUGGGUAUUGACGACCUGGUGCACUUUGACUUCAUGGACCCACCAGCCCCAGAGACCCUGAUGCGAGCCCUGGAGCUGCUGAACUACCUGGCAGCGCUCAAUGACGACGGUGACCUGACGGAGCUGGGCUCCAUGAUGGCAGAGUUCCCUCUGGACCCCCAGCUGGCCAAGAUGGUCAUCGCCAGCUGUGAAUUCAACUGUUCAAACGAGAUCCUCUCCAUCACUGCCAUGUUGUCAGUCCCACAGUGCUUCGUCCGACCCACGGAGGCUAAGAAGGUGGCUGACGAGUCCAAGAUGCGCUUUGCACACAUCGACGGCGAUCACAUGACGCUGCUCAACGUCUACCACGCCUUUAAACAAAACCACGACUCCACCCAGUGGUGCUAUGAGAACUUCGUCAACUACCGCUCGCUAACGUCGGCAGACAACGUGCGCCAGCAGUUGUCCAGGAUCAUGGACCGCUUCAACCUGCCGCGGCGGAGCACCGAGUUCAACAGCAGAGACUACUACACCAACAUCCGCCGCGCGCUGGUCACUGGCUUCUUCAUGCAGAUCGCUCACCUGGAACGCACCGGCCAUUACCUGACGGUGAAGGACAACCAGGUCGUUCAGCUGCACCCCUCCACUGUGCUGGACCACAAGCCCGAAUGGGUGCUUUACAACGAGUUUGUGCUCACAACCAAGAAUUACAUCCGCACAUGCACCGACAUCAAACCGGAAUGGCUGGUGAAAAUUGCCCCGCAGUACUAUGAGAUGGGUAACUUCCCCCAGUGUGAAGCAAAGAGACAGUUGGAGCGUAUCAUUGCUAAAUUCUCAUCAAAGGAAUUCACUCAGUACUAAGAAAGUUUGCAUGUGCUGCGACGACACCCUCAGUAUCUGUACAAAGUAAAAACCUGAACUUAUUUUUUAAUUCCACCAACAACCUAAUUUUGAAUUCUAUUUUUGUCGUGCUGUGUGUGUGUGUGAUGUAUUUCAUGACGAUUGAUGAAAUGUGUCCUUCGAGGGCCACCAUGUGUCAUUUCUUUGAAGCCCAGAGGGUAAGCACUGCCUGAAAUGGACCGUAAAUGACCGGUUAUCAGGAAUUGAGUCAUCCACUCUGUUUAAAGCAUGAUAUGUUGUGUACAUUUCAACAUUCCUCUUCAAGACAUCCAUACUUUAAGUCACAGCUCAGGAUUCUUUGCUGUUGUCUGUCUUCUACUCAUGAAAUGGCAUAAAGCCCAUGGAAGCUUUUGAUCCAAUAUAAUUUAUACUGUAUUUUGAUGCGGCCAUAAUGUAUUGUUCUUUUCAUGGAGAUGCAACGAGGGCCACUUUGGUCCCAUUUCUUGUCGCUGUUCAACUUAAUAAAAAUGACUUUGUAAUAAAAUGUU